AUGCCACUGUUCACAUUUCCAUCACCAGCGCUAGUGUUGAAUGGUGCGCAUUAUGAAAAAUUGGGAUUUCAAUAUUUCAAUUCAAGACACUUAGAUUUUUCUAGGUCUACCACUAAACAUUUAGCUAUAAUGUCUAAGGCGGACUAUUUGAGUAAGUAUCUAGAUGGGGGCCUGAAAAAGAAAAGUAAAUCGAAGAGUAAGAGUAAAUCGAAGAAAGAUCUGCCUUCAAUUGUAGUUGUCGAAGGUUCCGUAGGCAUUCCUGAUGAGAAGAACCUUGAGGACGAUGAAGAUGAGGAGCUUUCUGAUGAACAACCAGUCAGAGUCAAUUCAGGAGCUAGCAAACCAUUUAAGGGGUUCAAAAGAAUAGAUGGAAAGCAAAUCGAGACGAAAAAGGACAUGGACCCAAGUGAUAGUUUAGUAUUACCUACACAAACUACUGUAUAUAGAGACAGCACUGGUCGCAUAAUAGAUAUUGGCCAGAGCCGAAAUGAACUAAAGCAACUGAAACUUGAACAAGAGGAGCUCGAUAAGAAAAGGAGGCAGCAGUUGGUGGAAACAGAUCUAAGUAGAAUACAAAAGAAGCAGGAAGAAGAAAAUCUUGAGAAUGCCACCUCGUUUACCGUCUCAAAGGAUGACCAGCAGUACAAUUCGAGAUUAAAGCAAGAGAAUAGGUUUGAUGAUCCACUAAGUACAUUCCAAAAAUCAGGAAGAGCGUCAGCGUCUUUGGGUAUAUCACUCACAGGAAACCCCACUUAUGAUAAGGGCAUAUCCCCGGCAAAUAGGUUUGGAAUAACCGCCGGAUGGUUUUGGGAUGGAAUUGAUCGUUCCAACGGGUUUGAAGAAUUGGUUAUGAGGAAAAGGAAUGAAGUUAACCAUUCCAAGAGAGAAGUAGAUGACUAUGAACUAGAGGAUGUGGAUUGA